GUCAUGCGGCAGGCCCUGCUGCUGCGGAGCAGCUACAGUGGCAGUUGCAGGGACAGCAUGCUGGCCAAGGGGCUUCCCCUGCGCUCAGUCCUCGUCAAAGGCUACCAGCCCUUCUUGAAUGCCCCCCGUGAGGGCCCGGGGCAUCCCAGGGUGCCCACUCGUGAGGGUGGUGGCAUCUCCACCCGAAGUCCUCGCCCCUACAAUGAGAUCCCCUCCCCUGGUGACAAUGGCUGGCUAAACCUGUACCGUUUCUGGAGGGAGAUGGGCACACAAAAAAUCCACCAGCACCACCUCCAGAAUUUCCAGAAGUAUGGACCCAUUUUCAGGGAGAAGCUUGGCAACCUGGAAUCGGUUUUCAUCAUCGACCCUGAAGAUGUGGCUAUUCUCUUUAACGCCGAGGGUCCCAACCCGGAACGCUACCUCAUCCCACCCUGGACGGCCUAUCACCAGCAAUACCAGAGACCCCUGGGAGUCCUGUUGAAGAGUUCGGGAGCCUGGAAGACAGACCGGCUGGCCCUGAACCAGGAGAUGAUGGCUCCAGAGACCAGGAAGAACUUUGUGCCCCUGCUGGACGUAGUGUCUCAGGACUUUGUCAGUGUCCUGCACAAGCGCAUCAAGCAGCAGGGCUCUAAGACCUUCUCAGGGGACAUCAGCGAGGAUCUGUUCCGCUUUGCCUUCGAGUCUAUCACCCAUGUCAUGUUUGGGGAGCGUCUGGGAAUGCUGAAGGAGACAGUGGACCCCGAGGCCCAGGAGUUCAUCGACGCCAUAUACCAGAUGUUCCACACCAGCGUCCCCCUGCUCAACUUACCCCCAGACCUGUUCCGUCUGCUCAGGGCCAAGACCUGGAGGGAUCACGUGGCUGCGUGGGAUGUGAUUUUCAGUAAAGCUGAAAAAUACACCCAGAACUUCUACCGGGACUUAAAACAGAAAAGAGACUUUGGUGACAAUUACCCUGGCGUCCUCUACAGACUCCUGGAAAACAGCAAGCUGCCCUUCGAGGACAUCAAAGCCAACAUUACUGAGAUGCUGGCUGGAGGUGUGGACACGACGUCCAUGACCCUGCAGUGGCACUUGUACGAGAUGGCACGCAACCUCAAGGUGCAGAACAUGCUGCGGGCAGAGGUCCUGGCCGCUCGGCGCCAGGCCCGGGGAGACAUGCUCGCCAUGGUGCAGCUGGUCCCGCUCCUCAAAGCCAGCAUAAAGGAGACGCUGAGACUGCACCCCAUCUCUGUGACCCUGCAGAGAUAUCUUGCGAACGACUUGGUUCUUCAAGACUAUCUGAUUCCCGCCAAGACGUUGGUGCAGGUGUCCAACUAUGCCCUGGGCCAAGAACCCAAGUUCUUCUUCAACCCGUGGAAUUUUGACCCAACCCGAUGGCUGAACAAAGACAAAAACAUCACCCACUUCCGGAACCUGGGCUUUGGCUGGGGUGUGCGGCAGUGUCUGGGCCGGCGGAUCGCUGAGCUUGAGAUGACCGUUUUCCUUAUCCAUAUGCUGGAGAACUUCAAAGUUGAAAUCCAGAGUCUCAAGAACGUGGACACCACGUUCAACCUCAUCCUGACGCCCGAGAAGCCCAUUAUCUUCACCUUCCGGCCCCUCAAGCAGGACGCCGCCCAGGUGUGAUCAGAGACGGUGGCAGCAGCCAUGUGGGAGGAAGGUUCGGGCAGGACCCGUGGAGUCUCCGCGUCUUCAGUUCUCUGUCCCCAGCCCUGCUGCAUCUGCCAGCCGCUGAGCUGGUGGAUUGGGCUCUCAGGGGUCACCUGCCCCAGCUCACGAAGACAAUAAACAGCUGAACUAUG